GGGCUUCCUACACAGACGCCAAGUCGCGAACCAGUGCCAUGCGAGAUGGAGCCAUGGAGGACGCGGAGCAGUGGGAGGAUGUGAAAGAGAGGGGUGAGGCGAUGAGGAGGAUGAUGGCUGUGGCCGAAGAACAGGCGGUGGUGGAGCGGCGGUCGUCGGGGAAAGCGGUGGCGAUUGACCACCCUGAGGCUCAUCAGGAUGUGGCUCAUUAAUCCAUGAGAAAUCCUGAGCUGGCUGGUUAAGACAACUCCUCGCCAUUCAAAACUCAAAAGUGAAACCCCGCGCGCACGGGAUGCCUACGCUCUACUCCGCCGUGAAGAGGGGAAUCAAAUUGAGGCUGCCUCGCCCUUCCCUUGCCUCCCCAGCGACGAUUCCUCGCCGCGGUUGUCGCAGCAGCUGCGGCCCUCCCGGCGCCGCCGUCUCGCACAAGUCGCUCCUCCUCCGGCUGGAGUCGGGCCCAGUGCUCGCGGAGGUGCGGAGACUGCACGCCGCCCUACUGGUGCGCGGGUACCGUCGCAGCACUGCCCUCGCCGCGCAGCUGGUGCGCGCGUACGCCAGGCUGGGGGGUGCAGGGCUCGGCCACGCUCUGGGUGUGUUCGACGGAAUGCCUAGGAGGAACUCCUUCGCGUGGAACGCCGUUAUUAAGGGCCUCGUCGACGCCGGCAGGUUCUCAGAAGCGCUGGAGCGCUACUGGGACGUGGUCAGUGAUGGUUCGAUCGCUGCUGACUGUUUCAUGUACCCUCCUGUUCUAAAAGCGUGCGCGGCGCUUGGAGCUGUUCAGCAGGGGAGAAGGGUUCGAAAGAACAUUGAGACAGAAAUUGCCCGUGGCAGUGUGGUGCCCAAUUUGUUUGUGCAGUGCGCACUCGUGGACAUGUUUGCCAAGUGUAGGUGCUUGGGCGAAGCAAGGAGCGUGUUUGAGAGCAUGGGAGUAAGGGACUUGGCUGCAUGGACUGCGAUGAUCGGAGGGACUGUGCAUGGAGGGGACUGGUUCGAGGUGAUGGAUUUGUUCAAUCGCAUGAGGUCAGAAGGGUUUCUGCCUGAUUCUGUGAUUUUCGCCACUGUUAUUCCAGCAUGUGGUAGGGUGAAAGAGCUUAGGACUGGAAUGGCAUUGCAGGGCUGUGCAGUAAGAUGUGGAGCCGGCGAUGACAUUUGUGUUCGUAAUGCUUUAGUUGAUAUGUACUGCAAAUGUACUUGUCUGGAUGUGGCAGCUUCUCUGUUUUGGUCUAUUGAUUACAAGGAUGUAGUCUCUUGGAGCACCAUAAUCGCAGGGCAUUUACAAAAUAGAAUGUAUGCCUCAGGUAUCAAUUUGUUUACUGAAAUGGUUUCUUCAGGAGUAAAGCCUAACUCGACUACUCUGGCGACCAUACUUCCUAGUCUUUCAGAGCUUAAGUUAUCCAGGUAUGGAAAAGAAAUUCAUUGCUUCUCCGUAAGAAAUGGACUUGACCACAGUGAGUUUCUGGUGAGUGCAUUCAUUGACUUCUACAGUAAGCAAGGACUCAUUGGGGAAGCAGAAAUUAUAUUUAAGUUCACACCAAAGAAAGAUUUAGUCAUUUGGAAUUCAAUGGUUGGAGGAUAUGCUGUGAAUGAGGAUUCUAAGUCAGCAUUGCAUGCAUUAAGGGCACUACAGAAAGUGGGACUAAGACCUGAUCAUGUGACUGUUGUUUCAGUUCUUCCGCUAUGCAAUCAACACUCCAGGCUCCUUCAGGGUAAGGAACUACAUGCUUAUGCCAUCAGGCAUAACCUAAGUUUGGUUUGCUCAGUUAGUAAUGCACUUAUAGAUAUGUACUGCAAGUGUGGUUGCCUAGAAAUAGCCAGCAAUAUUCUUCUACUAAUGACAGAGCGCAAUGCUGUUACAUAUAACACUCUGAUUUCUUCUCUUGGAAAGCAUGGUCAUGAUGAUCAAGCAUUCAUUCUUUUUGACCUAAUGAAGAGAGAUGGAGUUGUUCCAGAUAAAGUGACUUUUGUAGCUCUGUUGUCAUGUUGUAGCCAUGCAGGCCUUAUUGAUAAGGGCUUGCACUUCUACGAUUCCAUGUUACGGGACUAUAAUCUCUCUCCAGAUAAGGAGCACUUUUCGUGCAUUGUUGACCUUUAUAGCAGAUCUGGGAAGCUUGAUGAUGCUUGGAGUUUUAUUGCAAAUUUACAAGAAGUGCCAGAAAUCGAUGUUCUUGGGUGUCUAUUGUCAGCGUGCAGAGAGCAUAAUAGAAUGGACAUUGCUGAGCUUGUCGCGGAAAGAAUAUUUGAACAAAACCCCAAUGAUCCUGGCUAUCAUAUUCUGUUGUCUAACAUCUACGCGAAUGCUGGAAUGUGGUCUGAUGUGACUAGGAUAAGAAAUAUGAUAGAAGAUAGGAGCUUGAAGAAGAGAACAGGAAAUAGCUUGAUUUGACCAUCAGCUUGUGGUUCCUCAUACAUAUUUGUAUCUAUUUUAUGAGAAAAAAGCGCAUGGAACAAAUAAGUGUACAACAACAACAACAACAACAUAGUCUUUUUUCCCAAGCAAGUUGGGGUAGGCUAGAGAUGAAACCCGAAAGAAAAAGUUCAAGGUUCAGGCACAUUGAUAACUAGUCUCCAAGCGCUCCUAUCCAAAGCUAUCUCUUUAGAGAUAUUCCAAUCCUUAAGGUCUCUCUUAACCAAAUAAGUGUAAAGGAGAUAAAAAAAAAUCUAUGACUGUCAUUUUCAAUGGCAACAUACAGAUCUCGCAAAAGUAGGCAUGGUCACUUAAUACCAUAUCCUGGAUACAUAAGGCAAGGUCAAUUGUAUUAUUGUAAAACUGUUGAUAAAGAACAACAGAGCAACAGCUACUGCAUCAACUCAUUUUUCAGAGGUCUUCUCUGGCGAAAUUUUUGUGUUUGUGGGCAUAGGCUGUCGCUGUACACUGCACUGAAGAAACAGAAGUAACCCACAUUUCCAGUUCUGUUCUGUUUGAAGUUUUUCAGUGAUCGUGAAAUAUAUACUUUUUUGCCAUGAUUCGCGGGGCUUAUUUGCUAAGCAGAUAGUUAGACUGCACAUAUCAGUGCAGUCUUUCUCUGUACUGGGUUUCAGCAUGACAAAGCUUUUGCUUUCUCAUGAAUCAGUUCACCUGUUGCUAUCAUAUACAACAAUGGUGUCUCCACCAACAGAUGCCAAAAGCAGAAAGAGUACCAAAAGCAGAAUCAGUAAAGCACCCGGAUUUCACUGGUGAUGCAUCAUAUGCAAUGCACAAGGGCAGUUAAUUAAUGAAGGUUCUGGGCCAACACAAUGGACUGGGCUCACUACAUGUCUUCGUCAGAUAGUGGAUAGCCUUCUUGUCCUACCGAGCGUUGCUGCUAUCUGAAGAUUGUUCGGAGGACAAUCACUUAUGGGGUCCAACUACAUAUUGCGGCCGUUGUCCAAUUCUGCUUCGCUGAAUCUAUGGGAUGGAGUAGAAUAACUUGCGAGCUUUAAGAAGGCAAAGCCCAAAGCCAACGGGCAUCCUUAUCCGAUCCAGGUCACCUCGAUUUGUCGACUCUUAUCAAAAGAGCUCCAAUGGCCGGUGUGAUAUGACUUGGACCACCUGCCAUCCUACACCGGUUCAGGGACAGCUUGGCUUUAUGGUCGCCUGCUAUCGCAAACUCCGGGAUGAUUUUCAGGCCAAGCCAAGUCGCACUGGAGUGGAGUACAUCUGCAAAUGUUGAACAUUGGAGUCUACUCUCUAAAGGCACAAACCGUCCAGAGUCAAGAUCCACAAGAACAUGCUGAAAGCCUCCGAGCAAACUCUAGGAUGGAAUAUUGAAAAGCCCGCCUGUUACGAUUCGGGCCGAACAUGACUGGUAGCAACGGAAGCAGGUUCCUUGUCAUGAAAAUCAUGAUUCGCUAGCAGAGAGGACUGGGGCGGACAGAUGUACAGGAGAGAGAUUAUCAAAGGCCGUGCAUGAUUGAUCGACGCGCGCGGGCCGUCCUAGAGACCGUCCCUACCUACUCCCUCCGUCCCUUUUUUUUUAAGUGUCGUUCUUGAUGUGUGUGCUAUAAAUUUAACUCAAUUUAUAGAAAAAACAUGCAAUAUUUGUAUUUUCAAAUAAAUUUGUUAAACAACUAGAUUAAAAUA